GUCUUCGCUGUCACUUGGUUGUUUUCGCUCAGACGCUACCGAAGGCUCAACAAUCACUCGUCUAGCCACCACCGACGGACCUGCAUUCUCGUGCAACGGCGUCAUAUCUCAACCUUUAGGGGUUCUUUACCAAUUGCAAGCCUGCUGGAAAUAACGCACAAUGUGGUUAAGUGACGGGCAAAAGAUUGGAAUCGCCCUCGUGGCUUUCGGCAUAUUCUUCCAGUUCUUAGGUAUCAUACUGUUCUUUGAUGGCCCUUUCCUUGCUCUGGGAAACAUCUUGUUCCUUUCAGGACUCCCACUUAUUAUUGGCUUAACGAAGACUUUUUACUUCUUCUCGCGUCGUGAGAAAUGGAGAGGAACUCUUUGCUUCUUUGGUGGAAUAAUACUCGUUUUUGCUAAACGGCCAAUCAUUGGAAUCAUCAUAGAAUUUGUGGGAUUCAUCGGUCUCUUUGGCUCCUUUUUCCCUGUUAUUCUUCAAGCCCUCCGACAAACACCAUUCAUUGGGCCCAUCCUGUCUUUACCGUACAUACGAGGGGCUGCAGACAGGCUCGCUGGCGUCCGACAAAGUGCUGUUUGAUGUUUGCAGAAAAAAAAAUUGAAUAGAUGUCGCAGUCAGAGGGUGACUGUCGGCGCUGCAAUGAAUAAACGUUGAUUCACAGCCGUCGGCAAAAGUUGGUCAUCUUGGGCUUAUCUUCAUUCACACGUUGAAGCAUGAUCGCGAUGUUGCCACCAUCUAGCACGAAUACAUUAAUCCUGAUACAGACAACUGAUACUGAAGCAGACAAAAAAAGAGAACUCAUAUAGACAACUCAAGAGCGAUGAGACGAGAAAUGUAGUGAUAACCAGAAAGUGAUGUGCGAGAAAAUCUAUGUAUGAAA